AGGGGAGGAGAGGACACUGAGACACCCUCGGGGUGGCAGGAGAAGGGGCUGGAGGGGGACACCGGGGCCAGGAGCAGCCAUGGGGGACGCCUUCAUCCGGCACAUCGAGCUGCUGGGCUACGAGAAGAGGUUUUUCCCCAGCCAGCACUACGUCUACAUGUUCCUGGUGAAGUGGAAUGACCUCUCCGAAAAGCUCGUCUACCGCCGGUUUACUGAGAUAUAUGAGUUUCACAAAGCCCUGAAGGAGAUGUUCCCCAUUGAAUCCGGCGACAUCAACACGGAGAACCGGAUCAUCCCGCACUUGCCAGCCCCGAAGUGGUUUGACGGGCAGCGCUCGACCCAGAACAGGCAGGGCACGCUGGCCGAGUACUGCUACACCCUGGUCAACCUGCCCCACAAGAUCUCCCGGUGCCUUCACGUGGUCAACUUCUUCAAGGUCCGUCCCGACGACACGAACCCCAUCACGGACAGCCAGAUCAGGAAGCCCGAGGUCUUCCUCCUGCCAAAGGAUGCCAAGAAAAGCUCCACCGACAUCACAGGCCCCAUCGUCCUGCAAACGUACCGAGCCAUCGCCGACUACGAGAAGAGCUCCAGAUCUGAGAUGGCUCUAAAUACUGGGGACUUGGUGGACGUCGUGGAGAAGAGCGAGACUGGCUGGUGGUUUUGCCAGUUGAGGAAUAAACGGGGUUGGGUGCCAGCCGCCUACCUGGAGCCCAUGGAUGGUCCCGAUGAGUCUGAAGAGCAGGAGCCCAACUACGCAGGUGAGAAAUACAUUGUCCAGAAAAGCUACACAGCUGUGGAGGAGGACGAGCUGACCCUCAAGGAGGGUGAUACCAUCGAAGUCAUCCACAAGCUCCUUGAUGGCUGGUGGGUCAUCAGGAAGGAUGAAACCACGGGUUAUUACCCCUCCAUGUACCUGCAGAAAGCCGGGGAGGAGAACACCUCUGUGAAGAGUCAGCUGAGGAACCGGAGCGCUCCUCCACGAAGAUCCACCGUCCGAAACGCCAAGAGCAUCCACAAGCAGGGCCGGAAGCAGAUCAGCCAGGAGACCUACAGGAGGAACAGCAAGAGGUACCUCCAGAGCCGGAGGAACAUGAAGGAAAAAAUCCACAACAAGGCCAAUGCCAUCAUUGAGAAAAAUGAGCAAGAGGAGAACAAGCCCAAGGCUCAGCCCGCUGUUCCUCCCCGUCCCAGCAAAGACCUCAUCCUGAACCGCUGCACCGAGAGCACCCGGAGAAAGAUCCUGUGAUGCCUCAGCCCCCCAGACCAUCCAGCCCAUGCUUUAUCUCCACUAGCUCCUGUGCAGCCGGGGCUCAGAGACAGACUGUGGGAUCCAGGUGGCUCUGGCAGCCAUCACAGGCCCCAGGGGGCUGCUGGCCAGAUUGGCACAACGCAGCGUCUAUCUUCAUCCACUGGCACCAGGAACCUGAGAUGUUCUAAUGACGCCAUGAAGGGACCCAGCCCCGUUCUACCAGCUCUGGGGGGCGCUGAGGCCUCCACAGCCAUUGGGGACCUCUCACCACUAGACUCCAUUUUAUCCCCUAUUUGUAUUUUGAAUGAUGUUCCGUUUUUCACCAAUAAAGGAGAGACACUUUGUAGA